AUGGCGAGCAUUCCUGUAUUCUACGCUCUCUUGUGGGUCUCUUUUUCCUGGAUACUGUACAAAGGUGUGAGUCUGUUGUACAUUCGCCGACAACAUGCUAUCAAGUCACGCAAGCUGGAUUGCGAGCCAGCACCACUAUGGCCCGCCACAAAUCUGGGCAUCUCGACGAUCAAACAAAUGAUGGCGGCUCAAAAAGCAGGUCGCUUUCCCGCCUAUCUCCGUGAGCGGGAGGAGGUCUUGUCGAAAUCGGAGAACAGACCUGUACACACCAUGCGUCUGUCCAUUCUGGGGAACAAGGCUCACUUCACUUCGGAUCCCAAGAAUAUCCAAGCUUUGCUGGCAACUCAAUUCAAGGACUUCGGACUAGGGUCCGCCAGGAUUGGCAACUUCGGUCCCUUGAUGGGUGAUGGCAUUUUUGCAUCAGAUGGCAAGAGAUGGGAGCACUCGCGAGCCCUUCUUCGUCCACAGUUCGCUCGUGACAACAUCAGUGACCUCGAUCUCGAGGAAGUCCAUGUUCAGAACAUGAUGCAAGCCCUUCCUGUUGACGCAGAUGGUUGGGUUAACGAGACCAAUGCACAGCUCCUCUUCUUCCGCCUCACCCUCGAUAGCUCGACGGAGUUCCUGUUCGGUGAAAGCAUCGAUACACAACUGGCAGCUAUCAGAGGCGGAGAAGCCGGUGCUGCUGCUGCGUGGCGAGACGAGAGAGUCUUUGGAACUGCUAUUGACAGCUCUCAAGGCUACUUAUUCAAAGGUGCUCGCUUUGGAAACUACUACUGGAUGGCCCAUGACAAGCAGUUCAAGAAGCUUUGCAAGGACGUACACAACUUCGCUGACUACUAUGUCGAGAAAGCGCUCAAUGCCGAGACAUCAGAGAAGCGAGCGCCGUCGCCUACAAGGAAGUUUGUCUUCCUCGAAGAGCUUGCUGCUCAGACACGUGAUCCCAUCGAGCUGCGCACGCAGCUCCUCAAUAUCUUGAUUGCUGGCAGAGACACUACUGCUUGCCUUCUCAGCUGGAUGCUCUUACUCUUGGCUAAGAAUCCCGAGGUGUUCGAAAAGCUUCGCGAAAUUGUCAUUCAUGACUUUGGCAACUACGAAAAUCCCAGGGAUAUAAGCUUCACUUCUCUCAAGGACUGCCAAUACCUUCAGCACUGCCUGAACGAGGCUCUACGUGUUUACCCGGUUGUACCUAUGGAUGGCCGCCGUGCCCUAGUCGACACCACCAUUCCCCGUGGAGGUGGCGCAGAUGGACUCUCGCCCAUAUUCAUCCCCAAGGGUACCGAUGUUAGUUACUCAGUCUACGUCAUGCACAGACGGAAGGAUAUCUGGGGCGAAGACGCAGAUGAGUUCAAGCCAUCGAGAUGGACGUCCAAGCGACCAGGAUGGGACUAUCUCCCAUUCAACGGAGGACCUAGAAUCUGCAUUGGCCAACAGUUUGCUCUGACUGAAGCUAGUUAUGUUAUGGUCAGACUGCUGCAGCGCUUCGACAAGAUCGAGCCCACGGGACCGACCCUCGAUGCGGAGCCCAAGAUGCGCCUGACCCUCACCUGCUGCCCUGCAGAUGGCGUCUGGGUAAAGAUGAGACAAGCAAAAGAUGUCGCCUCUCACUGA